AUAACAAACUUACCGAGCAAAGAAAACUUAAGACUCUCAAAAACCCAUUCAUGGAUACUUCUUUCUUCCAAUACCCAUUUCCUCAAAUCUUUUCCCAAUCUUCCUUUACUUCACAAGAAGAACAUCCCUUGUCACAUAACAUGCUUGGCUUCAAUAACCAAACCCUACCAUUCAAUGAAAACGAUUCCGAAGAGAUGCUUCUCUUUGGAGUUAUAUCACAGGCAGAUAGAUUCCGAGAAGAAGAAGUAUGCUCAAAAGAGAGCGAAGAAUCCCAACCCGAGACCGCCUACAGAGGUGUUCGUAGGCGGCCUUGGGGAAAAUAUGCAGCAGAAAUAAGGGACUCGACGAGGAAUGGGGUGAGGGUAUGGUUAGGGACAUUUGACACUGCUGAGGCCGCGGCUUUGGCCUAUGACCAAGCGGCAUUUGCAAUGAGGGGGUCCAUGGCGGUGCUCAACUUCCCGGCAGAGAUGGUUUACGAGUCACUUCUAGAGAUGAAUUAUGGGUUCGAAGAAGGUGGUUCACCGGUGUUGGCAUUGAAGAAGAGGCAUUCCAUGAAGAGGAAAGGAGUGAGUAGGAAGAUGAAGAUGAUGAAGACGAAAGAGAAAGAAAAUGAGUUGAGGUUUGAGAGUGUGGUGGUGUUGGAGGACUUGGGUGCUGAUUAUUUGGAGGAACUUCUUGGUUUAUGUGAGAGGGAGAGUGAGAGUAAGAGUACUAGUGUUUGUUCUUGGUGAAUGUUUUUUGUUAGCUUUACUUUCUUUCUGUUCCACUUCUUCGUUUGUUUGUAAAAGUUGAAGAUAAUGGAUGAUUAAAAGUACCAAUAAUUACGUGGGCCUCUUGUGUCGAGUCAACGUAGCUAGA